AUGAAGUGUUCUUUGCAAUUUAGCCUGGUGUGCGUCUUGGUUUGCUUGCUGCCUUCCACUGUCUCCAAGGAUUGCAUCUUUUGUGAAAUUACUGCCUCAACAACAUGUCCUGGCCUCAAGAUGAGCUGCGCUGAAGACGAAGACUGCUUUGUGGGCGAAGGGGUUGCCUUGGGGGUUUCUGACGUCCAGAAUAAGGGGUGCACCCGCUCCAUCAAUUGUGGAAAAGAGCAACCUGUUGCCUACAUGGGUGUCACCUACAGCUUGGUCACCAACUGCUGUAAGGGGACCAUGUGCAAUGGGGCUCAGCCUCUGAGAGGCCCUUCCCUUUUCCUUCAGUUUGCCCUCAUCGGCUUCCUGAGAGGGUUCCUCUAA